GGACGUUCUUUGUUUUUUUGGGGGGGCCUUCCCUUUAAGAUUGUAGGACCAAGUCAGGACCGCUCGAAUAUGCCACUGGAUUCAAUGGAGUGCAAUGUACCACUGGAUCAACUUAUUGUUUGGAGAGGGAUGGAUGGCUGGACACAGCUGGAUGCAAGAGAACUGAAGAGCUCCAGCCAUCGGAUUUUGGAGCGCCACGCCUCCCUGCUCUCAGAGGCUUUCGGCACCACGAUCAAAGCCGCGGAGAGAGGGCCUCCACAAGGUCACACUGCCAGCUUUAGCCGCCAAUGUCAGCCUCGCACCUUGCGAAGAGGCAUUUUCGAGGACAUGCAAAAGAGCUUAACCGACUCUGCUGUUCAGGCUGCAUCAGGUCUCUCAAAGGAAGAGAACGAAGCAAUGCUUGAAAAUUGCAAGAGCGGCAAGAUGAGCCUUGAUGACUACUUGGUCGUCAUGAAAAUGUUUGGCAAGCUGGGAGAAGUAGGAGAGAAGGUGGGACCAUUGAAAGACAUGCUUCAGCAGGGGAGCAACACCCAAAAUGUAGAGGACGCGAAAGAGAGGUUUGCUGAACAGGAGCAAAUGGUAAAGGUGAUGACCGAUGAGGAGCGCAAGAACCCAGAUUUGUUCUUCAAACAGGGGCCUGCAGGGCGCAAUGCACUGAAGCGCUGGGCGACUGCAGCCGGGAAGUCUGAUCAGGAGAUGUUGGAUUUUCUCGUGGAAUAUCGAACCAUGAAGUCCAUGUUUGGAAAGCUUGGGCAAGGAGAAGACUUCGCUGAUGUUCAGAAGCAACUCAGGAAGGAGACGGAUGAGCUUAGGAAUAACGUGAAGACACGCAAGGUCAAUUUGUUUGGCCCCACAAAAGCGGCGGACAUGGUGCUAGCAGCUCUUGGCCAGACGGGCUUCCAAAACAAAGGGAGGACGUAGAGGAAAGCAACCUGAAUGGAUGACACUGUGAUGCUUAUUCCUUGGCUGAGUGCUGAUCAGAAAUGAUUGCUUAAAAGGGUCGGCAUGGUUGUCCGUUCGCUCCCACAUGCGCAAUCAUUGAA